AUGCAUUUCCUCAAGCUCAUUCUCUCCAUCAGCGUUUCCGUCGCUUCUGCCCAGUUUGUAAACAUGGGCGGCGACAUCAACGCCCGCGACUUUGAUGAGCUCGACUCUCUCUCCAGACGUGAUAUUGCCCUGAGCGCUCAUGAGGAGUACCUUGAGGCUCGCGACGAGUAUAUCGAGAAGCGUGAACUGUUCCGCCGCCUCGGCGGUAACGGCAAGUGUUACAAGGACCGAAAGUCGAUGUCUUGCAAGAGGCUCAUCGGACACGGAAAGGGUACCACUUACUGUGGCAAAUGCCGCCCUACUGCCAGCACUGGAGAGUACUGCCUCUGCAACGCCUAA